UCAUUUUAGACGUCACAUUGAGAACGUGGCCCCAGCAGCUGUCUUGCUACUUACUGUCAGUGUCACUGAUGGUCCAUCGUCCAGCAGCCCAGAAUGCUUGUGUCGUUACAGAAGUCAGAGCUGGUUAAUUAGCCCUAGUUUCCCGGAUUGCAUGAAGGUGUGAUUGUUACUAAAGCAUCCAGAUUACAGGGUCCCGUUUGCACUGGGGUCAGGAUGAAGGGUGAGGACACACGGCACAGGAAAAAAGAAGGUCGUGCCAAGAAUGGGGAAAGAGUAAAGCAAAAAUCAAAGAGCAAAAGCAAACACAAUGAGAGCAAAGCCAGCUCCCGGGACAUGGCAGAGGAAGAGGUGCCACUUAUCCUGGAAAAGCGGCCGCCUGAGAAAAAGGUUCCAAUGCCCAAGCCGGGGGAUGAAUCGGCCAUCUCCAUUGCUGCACAAGUUCUGUUCCCCUACUUGCUGGCAGGGCUUGGUAUGGUGCUAGCGGGCAUGGUACUGGAUAUUGUGCAGCACUGGGAUGUGUUCCGGACAAUUACAGAAGUUUUCAUUCUGGUUCCGGCUUUGGUGGGCCUUAAAGGCAAUUUGGAAAUGACGCUGGCGUCCCGCCUCUCCACUGCCGCAAACACAGGUCAGAUGGACAAUCCCAAGGAGCGCUGGAACAUGGCAGUGAGCAACUUGGCAUUAAUUCAGGUUCAGGCCACAGUGGUCGGGCUCCUGGCGGCCAUCGCUGCGGUCAUUCUGGGCUCCUUGUCAAAAGGUUAUGUAGAACUGGACCAGGCAGCUGUUCUAUGUGCCAGCAGUGUAACUACGGCUUUCAUCGCUGCACUUUCUUUAGGUCUUGUCAUGAUUGGCGUUAUUGUGGCAGCCAGGAAAAUUGGCAUAAAUCCUGAUAAUGUAGCAACCCCUAUUGCUGCCAGUCUCGGAGAUUUGAUCACGUUGUCACUACUGGCAGGAAUUAGCAGUACCCUCUUCACUUAUAUAGAUAUUUACUACCUCUCCCCUUUGAUCUGCAUCAUUUUCAUUGUCCUAAUCCCAAUAUGGGUGGCUGUGGCACAACAGAGUCCGUCUAUUGCUGAGGUGCUGAAGUCUGGGUGGCAGCCUGUGAUUGUGGCUAUGACAAUUAGCAGUAUUGGCGGUCUCAUCCUAGACAAGACAGUCACAGACCCCAAGUUUGAAGGGAUGGCAGUGUUUACGCCUGUAAUCAAUGGUGUUGCUGGAAACUUGGUUGCCAUUCAGGCAAGUCGAAUUUCCACGUUCCUUCACUUCUGGAGCAUGCCUGGUGUGCUGCCGUACAAAAUGAGGCAACCAUGGCCCAACCUGUGCGCAACUUUCUUCUCUUCAGGGGUUAAUUCUAAAUCUGCCCGUGUGCUGUUCCUCCUGGUAGUGCCUGGGCACCUGGUCUUCCUCUACACCAUCCACCUGUUACAGGGAGGGCACACGGCUCUCACCGUCCUGUUUGUGACGUUCUACUUGCUGGCGGCCCUGCUGCAGGUGGGCAUCCUGCUAUAUAUUGCUGACCUCAUUGUGCGCUUAAUGUGGAGGAAAGGACUGGACCCUGACAACUUCUCUAUCCCCUACCUCACUGCACUGGGGGACCUGCUGGGGACAGGAUUCCUCGCUUUGUGUUUCCGAAUGGUCUGGAUCCUCACAGGGACAGAGAGCCAGUUAGAGGGGGUGGAGAUUGAUCUGGGGGCACAAUAAAAGGGAUCACAACAAUCUGCAUCUCAUAAGAACCUAAAUGGCUACAGGAAUAAAUAUUUAUCAGUAGCUCUUGGAUGUUUAGCAGCAAGAGUGCACCGGAUUUAUAAAAGCAAAAUCAUUUUUUUUUAUUUGUGUAUAAAUCUAAUGCUGUUUACAAUAAACUGUACAAAUUA